AUGUCGUCCACACAAGAAAACGAAAAACCAACAGAGUCGCGCACCGGCAGGAAUAAGCAGCGCUACAACUCCAAAGGCGAACGCCUCGUAGCCGGCGUGGUUCCCCUGACCGAGGACAAGCGGUUCGUAAUGCUCAUCCAGUCCACCCGGCGGAAGGGCUGGGUUCUGCCUAAGGGCGGUUGGGAGUCAGACGAAGAGUGCGCCGAGGCGGCUGAGCGGGAGGCAUGGGAAGAGGCGGGAAUAUGCGUACGCAUCGACUACGACCUCGGCGACAUACCCGAGACCCGCGCCCCCAAGAAGAACGCUAAAGAUAAGUGCUUGUAUCGCUUCUUCGAGGCCACCGUUACCCGACAAGAAGACAUGUGGCCGGAGGCGCACAAAAGGGAACGCCAAUGGAUGACUUUUGCCCAGGCCAAGGAUGCCCUGGCCACGCGGCCGGAGCUCCUUGAAGCCCUAAGUCGCUGCACCAUGUGUCGCUAA